CCUUGGGGGAGGGAUCCUGGAGUGCUGUCGCACAACUACGGCAGACUACAGGCUGUACUUUCCGACUUGUGCUGUGUGAGUGAGGCGGAGGUGGAGGUUCUUCGCGGGGAUUCUCAGAAAUAGCUUCCAAAGGCGAUUAGGCGCGCGGGAAGCGGCCGGAGGGUCUCCUCUGGACCGAGCCUGAAGAUGAGGAUUCCUCCGGUGUGGGCGCUGGGCGCUUGCCAGACUGGAUGAAGUGAGAAAGAAACAGGAAACCUGCUGAGUGGGGGAAAAAACACGCUGCCUGGGACUGCUGAGGAGGACCUCUGUGCAGGUUCACGCGGCCGUCGGCAGGGUGGAGCUUCUUGACCCAUGGAGAAUUACUUCCAGGCCGAGGCCUUCAACCUGGACAAGGUGCUGGACGAGUUCGAGCAGAACGAAGAUGAAACCGACACUCCGAUUCUCUCAGACGCCAAGUGGACCCAGAUCUUGGCCCCGCCGGCCCACAUGCUUUCCCUGAACCCCGCGCUGGCCCACGCAGACCUCAGCCCCCGGGAGAGUCCCCUGCCCUUCAAGACCGGCCCCGACCCGUCCUCCAGCGCCUCUCCGGGAGCGGACCCCAAGAGACCGCCCGGGCCGGAGCCUCCGUCCUGGGGAGAGGAGCGGCCGGCGGACGUCCACAGCCCGCCGCUCCCCCAGCCCAACAUCGGCAAGCUGGUGGGCGCCGACGACCUCUCGCCGCCCCCUGUCACGGCGUGUAAAGCCGUGGAGAACGGCUGCCCCGGCAGCCCGCCACCGGAUGGGCUCCGCAGAGAGACCGGGUCUCCCGAAGAGACGGCGGCCUCGGCCGGAGCGGCGGACUCGGCCGCCGCCCACUUCACCUUCGAGCUAGGAUCGGGACGGGAGCAGAGUCGGUCUGAGGAGACGCGUCCGAGCGCGGAGCCGACGGCGCAGAAUGGAGUCGGCCUUAAAGAGGAGAGCAGCGCCGUCGCUCCGCAGGACGCCGGUCCAGAGACGCAAAGUCCAGACUGUCGAGAGGAGCAGGGAGGGGGGGCCGCUCAGCCGGGUCCUGGCGCCGGGCUGGAGCAGAACGGCGUGCCUUCUGACAGGAACGCAGCGGAGGAGAAGGAGAGUACACGUGGUCUGGAGGGACAGAUAGAGCAGCUCCUCAGAAUAAACAGUCUUCCAAACGGCUUGGAGCAGGAGAGGGGGGGCGGCUCCAAGCCCGAGGAGGAGGGGGACGGGGAGGAGGGGGGCUUCUCGCCCUCUCCCGUCCCGUCCAAAGAGGACUCUGUCACCGAGGAAAAAGAAAUGGAGGAGAGCAAGCAGGAGAGCAGCGAGGGCGGCGCGGCGGGGUCGGGUAGCAUCCAGCCAAAACUCAACAACAGCCGGCUGCAGCCGGUCAGCGUGCCGUACGGCGGCGCGCGGCCCAAGCAGCCCGUCAGCCUCAAGCUGCAGAUCCCGCAGCCGCUGUCCGGCCAGGUCCAGAACCAGCUGGCCCCGGCCGCCCCCAGCAAGAACAAGAACCUGGAGAACCAGAGCUGGAGGGGCACGCCCACCGACACGCCGCCCGGCGGCGCCGCCGACCCGAACGCGGUCGGCGUGAACGGAGACGGCGCCGUCCACUCCCCCUCCCUCGUGUCCUCGGAGAGCCCGGACAACGACCUCCAGGCGGGGCAGCAGGGCGCCCUGGGCCGGAAGGCCGCCAGCUCCCUGGGAGAGGUGGCCCCCGUGUGGGUCCCCGACUCCCAGGCCCCCGUCUGCAUGAAGUGUGACGUGAAGUUCACCUUCACCAAGAGGAGGCACCACUGCAGGGCCUGUGGCAAGGUGUUCUGUGCGGCGUGCUGCGGUCUGAAGUGUCGGCUCGUGUACAUGGACAGGAAGGAGGCCCGCGUCUGUGUCACCUGCCACGCUGCUCUGACAAGCGCUCAAUCUUGGGAGACUCAGGCUCCAGCAAGCAAUCAGAGUCCAAACCCCAACAACCCUGCAGAGUACUGCUCCACCAUCCCCCCCCUGCAGCAGGCGCAGGCCUCCGGGGCGCUCAGCUCGCCGCCGCCCACCGUCAUGGUGCCGGUGGGAGUCCUGAAGCAGCCUGGCAAUGAGGGCUCCCUGACGCGAGAGCAGAGGAGGGUCUGGUUUGCCGACGGGGUCCUGCCGAACGGAGACGCCACGGAUUCCCCCAAACCUCCCGGCUCCAGCCCGGCCUCCUCGCAGUCGCUGGCCAUCUCCACGCAUUCCAACAAAUCGGCCGCGGCCGAGUCCGGCGAGGCGGCCCACGCCCCCGUGGCGCCGGUGGGCAGCCCGGUGGGCAGCUCGCUCAGCCUGAUCCCGGAGGACGGGCUGCCUCCCAUCCUCAUCUCCACCGGAGUCAAAGGAGGUACGGGAGGCCACGUCACAGACUACGCGGUGGAGGAGCGGCCGUCGGAGAUCGUCCUCAUGCAGCAGCUGGAGGAGGGCGGCCCCGACCCGCUGGUCUUCGUGCUCAACGCCAACCUGCUCGCCAUGGUCAAGCUGGUCAACUACGUGAACAGGAAGUGCUGGUACGUGACGACGAAGGGCAUGCACGCCGUGGGGCAGGCGGAGGUGGUCGUCCUGCUGCAGUGUCUCCCCGACGAGAAGACCGUCCCCAAAGACAUCUUCAGCCACUUCGUGCAGCUCUACCAGGAGGCCCUGAGCGGCAACGUGCUGAGCCACCUGAGCCACUCCUUCUUCACGCAGAGCUUCCUGGGCAGCCGGGAGCACGGCGGCUUCCUCUACAUCAGCCCCUCCUUCCAGUCGCUGCAGGACCUGCUGCUGCCCAACCCGCCCUUCCUCUUCGGGGUCCUCAUCCAGAAGUGGGAGACGCCCUGGGCCAAGGUCUUCCCCAUCCGCCUCAUGCUGCGGCUGGGGGCCGAGUACCGAUUCUAUCCCUGCCCGCUGUUCAGCGUUCGCUUCAGGAAGCCCCUCUUCGGAGAAACCGGUCACACCAUCAUGAACCUGCUGGCCGACUUCCGUAACUACCAGUACACCCUGCCGGUGGUCAAGGGUCUGGUGGUGGACAUGGAGGUGAGGAAGACGAGCAUCAAGAUCCCCAGCAAUCGCUACAGCGAGCUCAUGAAAGCCAUGAACAAGUCCAACGAGCACGUGCUCGCCAUGGGGGCGUGCUUCAACGACCGGGCCGACUCCCACCUGGUGUGCGUGCAGAACGACGACGGGAACUACCAGACGCAGGCCAUCAGCAUCCACCACCAGCCGCGCAAAGUAACCGGAGCCUGCUUCUUUGUGUUCAGCGGGGCUCUGAAGGCCUCGUCCGGCUUCCUGGCCAAGACCAGCAUCGUGGAAGACGGCGUCAUGAUCCAGAUCACAGCCGAGACCAUGGACUCUCUACGGCAAGCCCUGAGGGACAUGAAGGACUUCACCAUCACCUGCGGGAAAGCCGACCAGGAGGAGAACCAGGAGCUCGUCCACAUCCAGUGGACCGAGGACGACCACAACUUCAACAAGGGCGUCAUCAGCCCCAUCGACGGCAAGUCCAUGGAGUCCAUCACCAGCGUCAAGAUCUUCCACGGCUCCGAGUUCAAGGCGAACGGCAAAGUCAUCCGCUGGACCGAGGUCUUCUUCCUGCAGAGCGACGACCAGCCCAGCGGCCUGAGCGACCCGGCCGACCACAGCCGGCUGACGGAGAACGUGGCCCGGGCGUUCUGCGUGGCGCUGUGCCCCCACCUCAAGCUGCUGAAGGAGGACGGCAUGGCCAAGCUGGGCCUCCGGGUCACGCUGGACUCCGACCAGGUGGGCUACCUGGCGGGCAGCAACGGCCAGCCGCUGCUGCCUCAGUACCUGAGCGACCUGGACAGCGCCCUGAUCCCCGUCAUCCACGGCGGGGCGUGUCAGCUGAGCGAGGGCCCCGUGGUCAUGGAGCUGGUCUUCUACAUCCUGGAAAUCAUCUCCUAGGAGCCUGGCCUCCAGCUUCCCCCCCGUCUGCACUCCGGGAGAGAAACGGCGGCGUAGCGUUCCUCCGGUCAGACCUAUGCAUCCGCCUGACCGCCGGCCGUCGGGUCCCACGCCGUGACGUCGGAGCGCCGCGACCGGC